AUGUCUUCUAAUAAAAAUUUAGAGUAAUCUCCAGAAUCACAAAGUGUAAGAAAUUCAAUUCGUCACUAAUCUUUAAAUUAGAGUGUACAUGAAUUCUCUGGAUACAAAGAAAAAAUGCAAGACCUAAUGCUACCUAAUGUUGAAUUUGUGGAUCCAUAAAAUUUUAAGAAAUAGAAUGAAUGCAUUGUUUGUAGCAUAGAAUUUACUCAGACGAAUAGAUAACAUCAUUGUAGGUAAUAAUCAUAUUGAUAUUAUUCCUUUAGAAUGUGUGGAAAUUCAUGUUGCGGAGUAUGUUCACAAAAGACAAUUAAUAAGAAUAGAGUUUGUGAUAUUUGUUAUAUGAAAGCAUCUUAAAUAACUGCUGAAAAAAAGCGGACCAAAUUUUUACAAACCUUAAAAGAAUCUGCAAAAAAAUUGACAAAACAUAUAGAAUAAGCAAAUAAGAGGAAAUAAGAAUUGUAAGAGGAACGAGAUGCUUAAUAGGAUAAAUCACAAAUUGACUUAAAAGUAAUAGAAAAAGAAACAGAGGAUUAUAGAUUGAGGUAUUCUCAAAAAACAUAGGAUAAGUGUUUAUACGAGCAAGAGGUUGAAGAAAUAAAAUUGAAAAUAUCUGAACUUAACUCGCUAAAAGAGCAACUCUAAUAGGAAUAUUAGGAAAAGGAACAAGAAAUAAGAGCCUAUGAUACUAAUUUAUAUUUAAGGGAUCAAGAAUUGAAUGAUAAAAAGACUUAAUUAUAAAGGUUGAGAUAAUAAAAAGAAGAAUUAGAAAAUAUGUCCAAUAGAAUUGAGUAAAAUCCAGAAUUAGCUGAAGAAAUAAAUAUUCCAGAGCCUAUUUAGCCUAUAUUAUAAGAGCAAUCGAAAUAAUAAUGGUACAACACUAACAUUGAUAUUGAUGAAAUUAUGUAUGGAAAUAAUGAUAAUUCUAAGGAUUCAACAAUUUUAAUUAAACAAGAAUAGGAACAAAAACAGCCUAAAAAAUCAGAAGCUCAAAAACCAAAUAAAUCAAAAGAAAAUGAUGAAAAUGAAAAUGAAGAUAAAUAUAAAUGCAUUAUUUUCUGA